UGCUUCUGAGCCUUCAAGUCUUCAACCAUAAACCCCCUUUUCAUUUCUUGCUCAGGAGAUGUUCAUCAACCUUGCAAUUUGCCAACAAUCAAAGCUGGACAAUGUUGGGUCUUCAUUGUUUUUGCUAAGCUCCAUUCCGAUUUCCCAGGCCAGUGUUUUGGUUCAGGAUAUGGGAUAAGUUGUAAGACGAGUCAUUUAGGUUUUUUCUUGUUAUGGGAAUCAGACACCACUUUCAACUAUUAUUCCGACCCCACUGGUUUAAAUUGCUUUUCAUAGUUAUCAUUGUAAUUGCUGCAACAUUUCUACUCCAAUUGCUCAUGUUUCCAUUUGAAAACUACACACUGUUUUUAUCAGCAUCAAAUGCGGGCACGAGCCCUUUGAUCAUUACGAACCCCACUUUUUCAAAGGCUUUGAACUCAACAAGCACUCAUGUUCUACGUGGUAUGAUAGAUGAUACUUCUGUUUCCAGUUUGGAUGGAGAAUUAUCCGCUGAGAAGGAACCAAAAGCAAUAGACGUAAAAAAUGAAUUUUCAUUAACCGAGUUGAGUUGGAUGAACGCUUCUCUUGAGAUAGUAAAUGACAGAAAUGUACUUCCCGGGAUCAUAUCAGAGGGCAAUUUGUUCCCAAAUAGAAGUCCAGAAAUCAGGGACUUUACGAGCAAAAUUUUUCAUUCUAGUCCAGAAAAGCACACAGAUUUGGGGUUCAAUCUGGUAGAUGGGGUUAAGAAAGACACAAUUAGUGUUAACCAGAAAAUCAUUUAUGAUACAAAUUCUACCAGAGGCACUGACUCGAAAGAAAGUAGUCUAAUGUAUCAAGCCAUGAACAACAGUUCUUCAGUUACAUUGCCUGGAGUUACCAUCUUACCUGCUGAUGAGCGGCAAAUGAAAUAUGAGCCUACUGGAGAUUUCAAACCGAAACUAAUUGCUUCAGGUUUUCCAAAUGAUCUUUCAAAGAUGGCUCAUAACUCUACAUCAAAGAAAGGGGAAAGAACGCCAAUAUCAAUCUCCCUUAUGAAUAGUUUGCUGUUGCGGAAUUCUGAAUAUGUCAAUUCAAUGAGGGCACGACGGCAUUCUAUGCCAGAACGGGAACUUCAAAAGGCAAGGUUUCAGAUUGAAAAUGCUAUAAUUGUAAGGAAUGUUCCUGAAGUUCACAUGUCUAUUUUUCGAAAUUAUUCUACAUUUAGAAGGAGUUAUGAACUGAUGGAACACAUGUUAAAAGUUUAUAUCUAUAGAGAAGGGGAAAAGCCGAUAUUCCACCAGCCAUAUUUAAGAGGAAUUUAUGCUUCUGAAGGGUGGUUUAUGAAACUGAUGGAGGUAAAUAAGCAAUUUGUUGUGAGGGAUCCCAAGAAGGCUCACUUGUUUUAUUUACCUUUUAGCUCACUAAAGCUGAGGGAUUCACUUCGGGGCCAAAAGCGUUUCAGUCAGAAACGUAUAGAAUAUCUUCUAAGCGAUUACAUCAACUUAAUUGCAAGAAAACAUCGCUUUUGGAACAGAACCAAAGGAGCUGAUCAUUUUCUUGUCGCUUGCCAUGAUUGGGCACCCAAAUUCACAAGGAAGGGUAUGGAUACAUGUAUUAGAGCUCUUUGUAACACCAAUAUUGCCAGUGGCUUCCAGAUCGGGAAGGAUGUCUCUUUGCCAGUGACCUAUGUUCGUUCAGCUGAGAAUCCUCUAAAAGAUCUCGGAGGAAAUCUACCUUCAGAGAGAUCUAUAUUGGCUUUCUUUGCCGGAGGCAUGCAUGGUUAUCUCCGUCCCAUCUUACUUCAACACUGGAGCAAUAAAGUACCUGACAUGAAGAUCUUUGGGCCAAUGCCUCGGGAUAUUGAAAGUAAAGAACGAUACAGGGAGUUCAUGAGAGGCAGCCGGUUUUGCAUAUGUGCUAGGGGGUAUGAAGUCCAUACACCCCGAGUGGUGGAGUCCAUACACUACGGGUGCAUACCAGUUAUCAUAUCAGACAACUAUGUACCCCCGUUCUUUGAGGUUUUAAAUUGGGAAACUUUUUCUGUGUUUAUUCUAGAGAAAGAUGUCCCGAACCUAAGGAACAUACUGCUCUCAAUCCCUGAAGAGCGAUACAUGGUGAUGCAGCGUAGACUAAAGAUUGUGCAACGGUACUUUCUUUGGCACAAAAACCCUGUGAGGUACGACUUAUUUCAUAUGCUCCUGCACUCAAUUUGGUACAACAGAGUUUUUCAGGUAAAACCUCGAUAAGGGUACGAGGCAUUGGAAUUUGGAACAACGAGAAAUUUCCAUACAGACAACGAGAACAUUGUGAAGUGUACCAAGUGUUCUUGAAGAAUCACUUGUUUCAGAAUCCGUUGAAAAUUAUGGCAAUAUGUUGGCUUAACCUGGAGCUGGCAGAUAUGAUGCCCAACAGAUCAAGAUUUGUUUAUCCAUUUGGCAUGCUACUCAGCUUCAAUUGAAGACAAGCAUAAUAUUGUGAUGUCCUUACAGCUUCUUUGUAUAUAACCUAGUUCUUCAAAAAUCUAUGUUGCUCUUUUGUA